UAAAAUAUGAAAUGAAGGGUUAGUGAGUUCUAAAGAGUUCCGCCAUUAAACCUUCCAAAUGCAAAUUCAUAUUCAGAAUUCAUGAAAUUUCUUCCAAUCAAUUUCCACUUCUUUCUUCUUUCUAGUUCUAUUUUGGGAAAUCUGUCUAUUUAGCUCCAUGCUGAGAUAAAAAGAGUUCCAAUCUGGUGAAAAACUGUUGUCAAAAAAGCUUGCAGUUCCCUCUAAUGGUUUCUGUCGAGCUAGUGGCGCUGAAUACAUAAUUUCAGAACAAUUCAUCCUUUAAGCAGUCCUGAUGAGUAAAGUAUGUUUUGUUUGACAUACCGACAAUGAACUUCAUAACCAUUUUGCGGCAACAUAGGAUCAUUAGUGCAAUUCAUCCAACAGUUGUUAUAUCUUUGUACAAACAAAGUAUUCAUUCAUGUCACAGUUUUUGCUCAAAAGUAUCCGAUGCAAAUGAGAACUCAAUAUCAAAAAGAGAAGAAAGGUUGAUAGAUCAGGGAAUGGUGGCAACAAGGAACAGCUUAAGUCACAGAAUUGAAAGUGUACCCAAAGGAGAGUCCAUCGGAUCCGCUUUCCAAAGCUGGAUGGGUGAUGGUCUACCUAUUCAUAGAGGUGACAUUUUCCAUACUAUCAAUCGUUUGCGCAAGCUCAAAUUCAUCAAGCGCGGUCUUGAGGUUCUUUUACUCUGCCCCCUCUUGCCAAAUCUGAAGAUGGGCAUUUUACCUAUUAUGAAUUACGUGAAAUAUUCAACCUACUGAGAAAAUCGCUAUAGUUACUCUAUAUGUUUGUUUGCGAAAUCUAAGUCUAAGGGGUAAUAGUAGUGAUGGUAUUAGGGAAAGAGGAAUACUUUGUCUUGCACAGUUCUGUCACAUGUUUCAGGUAAAGCUGCUGCAGAGUGGUAUGUUGUGAGCUAUUCUGGCAUUUUCAGCAUACUGAAUUUGCUCUAUUCUGUUGUUGAGCUCAUUCUCAAGUCUUACUUAUCAUAAAGUCAAAUCAAGCUCAUUUGUAGUUGAUAUUGACAAUCUUUGAGGUGAUGGAAUGGGUUAUAAGGGAAAGACCUUACAGACCAAAGGAACUAGAUUACUCAUAUUUACUAGAAUUCACUUCUAAGCUUCAUGGGAUAUCACAAGCUGAAAGCCUUUUCUCACGAAUACCAUCUGAGUUCCAAAAUGAGUUGCUUUACAACAAUCUUAUACUCGGAUGCUUGAACAGAGGCCUAAUAAGGCUUUCACUAGCAUAUAUGAAGAAAAUGAGAGAGCUGGGUCAUCCCAUAUCUUAUUUGGUGUUCAACCAUCUCAUUAUUCUCCACUCCUCCCCAAGCCGCAAGAAGUCCAUACCUAAAAUCCUGACGCAGAUGAAAGCCGAUAAGGUCAUUCCACAUGUUUCGACCUUUAAUAUUCUGCUCAAGAUAGAAGCAAAUGAACACAAUAUUGAACGCCUGUUAAAAGUAUUUGGUGACAUGAAGAGAGCAGAAGUUGAACCGAAUGAGGUAUCAUACUGCAUAUUGGCCACUGCACAUGCUGUGGCUAGGUUGUAUACAGUUUGUGAGACCUAUGUUGAAGCUCUUGAGAAGUCUGCAACUGGACGAAACUGGUCUACAUUGGACAUUCUUAUCAUACUUUAUGGGUAUUUGGGGAAGCGGAAUGAUUUGGAGAGAAUAUGGGGCAUCAUUAUGGAGCUGUCCCAUGUUAGGUCUAAGAGUUAUGUCCUGGCGAUCGAAGCAUUUGGUAGGAUCGGAGAUAUCUGUCGUGCUGAAGAGCUAUGGUCCGAAAUGAAAUCAAGGAAUUCUUUGAAGUCAAAUGAGCAGUUCAAUUCCUUGAUAGCUGUAUACUGCAGAUAUGGACUUAUCACCAAAGCCACUGCAUUGUAUAAGGAGAUGGAGAAAAGUGGGUGCAAGCCAAAUGCCAUUACUUAUCGGCAUCUUGCUCUUGGUUGCUUGAGAGCGGGGUUAAUUAAGGAGGCUAUUAAAACUCUUCAAUUGGGGAUGGAUAUGGCAGCAAGCAUAAAGGUGAAAAGAUCAACUCCAUGGUUGGAGACUACUCUUUCAAUAAUCGAUAUAUUUGCAGAUAAUGGUGAUGUAGAGAAUGCUGAAAAGUUGUUUGAAGAACUGAAGAAAGCAAAUUAUACUAGGUAUACUUUUGUGUACAAUACGUUAAUUAAGGCGUAUGUUAAGGGGAAGGUAUAUGAUCCAAAUCUGCUUAAAAGAAUGAUUCUUGGAGGGGCGAGGCCAGAUUCUGAAACCUAUAGCCUUUUGAAAGUUGUUGACCAAUUUCGGACGUGAUUAUAUUAGAAUUAUUUUAUAUGCUUAUAUACUGGUGGUUCAAGUUACUCGGCUAAGAGUAGUCCUAUUUUUCCAUUUGCUGAAGAUAGCCAUACUUAACGUGCCCUUUUUGUUCGAGUUUUGGAGAGAUGGUGGCAGGUUAGACAAGUUACGCUAUAUUACAUAGAUACUUGGAGAGAUGGUUGUACAUCGUCCAAUGGAUGAAGUUCCUGACCAUCAAGAGUACUUGAGGAGAGCACCUGUGAUGGGAAUGCCACUGCAGACAAAUCAUCGGAUAAGGACUGCUGCUGAGAUGCCGUGUAGCUUUAGUGAAGAUGAAGAAACAAGUUCCUUUGAGAGUUAAAAGAUUUGCUUUUGACUGAAGAAAAGUAGCAGGUCCAUUACUUUUAGGAAUAUUUGUUGGAUUUCAGUGUCGAUGGUACUCUUUCUGAUUCGUACACUUCAAAGCAACUUGAAUUCACUCGUCCGUACUCCAGUGUUUGAAGAGAUCCUUCAGGGCUUGUACAGUUCAAAAUAAUUGUAUCCCAUUUUGUAGUUUGACACUGAAAUAGGAAUAAUGUGAGUAAUAUUUAUUGUCAUUCAGCUUAAAGUAAGGUACUUCCAUUGUACAUAAGAGGAGACCAUCACUCGAUUUGUGAGAUUACACUGGGUUUUUUGUUGUUGUUGUUGUUGCUGCACAGGGGCCAUGCUUAUCUACUCUAUAUCGUUCCAGUUUUAUCAGAUGUGAGGAGAGUUUAUCAAAGUAAACCUAACUUACCGCUGCAAUAGCUUGAUGGUCUCUUGAAUUGAAUCCAAAUAAAUGCAGCACUAUCAUUUCAUUGAAGACUGUACCAGCUAAAGGGAAGAUGUGGAUAUGAACCAAUAAACAAUAGCAACAUGGCAAUUUUAACUGUGAGUUUAUUUCUCUUCAUAGAAUCUACAUCAUAUUGUAUGAUUGUUAAAAGUCUUUUUAUAUUCAUAGCAAUGUGUAAGGUAGGUUUUGAUAUUGUAGGAAUUCCAUGUGUAUAAAAGCACCAGGGAAGGAGGACCCUAGUCCCAAAUAUAAUAGCUUAAAGGAGUUGCAAGAAUGAAAAUACUAAAAUGAUAUGACACUCCUGGUCACCUUUUUUCCUUUU